ACACACACACACACACACACACACACACAGAGACGGAGGAUAAGAUUCCCCUUCAGACCAACACUUCCUUUGAGAGGACAUCUACAGGAGGGAGUUCUGGGAAUACUGGGAAUACUGGGAAUACUGGGAAUACUGGAAAUACUGGGACACUACCACUUCAAGCAGCUGCUGAAUGCACAAACUGAAAGAGUGAUUUACAACAACAAAGACUCAAAGUGAAAAGACUAAAUGGCUUCCAGAUUAGAGCAAGAUCUCUGCUGUCCUGUCUGCCAUGAAGUCUUUAAAGAUCCUGUCAUCCUGUCAUGUAGCCACAGCUUCUGUAGAGACUGUCUGCAGAGCUGGUGGACAGAGAAACUAAUACAUGAGUGUCCAGUUUGUAAGGAAAGAUCUUUGUUUGAACCCCCUUUAAACCGAAGGAAAGAUCUACCUCCCAACUAUGCUUUAAGGAACGCGUGUGAGGCCUUUUCACAGGAGAGAGAUCAGAGAGCUUCAGAGGCUCUCUGCAGUCUGCACUCUGAGAAACUCAAACUCUUCUGUCUGGACCAUCAGCAGCCAGUGUGUCUCGUCUGCAGAGAUUCAGAAAAACACUCCAACCACAUAAUCAGACCCAUCGAUGAAGCUGCACGACAACACAAGAAGAAACUCCAGGAAACUCUGGAGCCCUUAAAGGAGAAGUUAAAGGUUUUUGAACAAGUUAAAGAGGAGUGUGAUCAAACAGCAGAACACCUGAAGGUCCAGGCCCGACGCACAGAGACGCAGAUUAAGGAUCAGUUUAAGAAGCUUCACCAGUUUCUAGAAGAGGAAGAGGAGGCCAGGAUGGCUGCACUGAGGGAGGAAGAGGAGCAGAAGAGUCAGAGGAUGAAGGAGAAGAUGGAGGCUCUGAGCAGAGAGAUAGCAGCUCUUUCAGACACAGUCAGAGCCACAGAGGAGCAGCUGAGAGCUGAAGACGUCUCAUUCCUGAUCAACUACAAGGCUGCAGUGGAAAGAGUCCAGCAGGGCCCCCUGCUGGAUGAUCCACAGCUGCUCUCAGGAGCUCUGAUAGACGAGGCCAAACACCUGGGCAACCUGAGCUUCAACAUCUGGAACAAGAUGAAGGACAUGGUCUCCUACACUCCUCUGGUUCUGGACCCAAACACUGCUGAUCCAGAACUCAUCCUGUCUGAAGAUCUGACCAGUGUUAGACCAGGAGAGUAUCAGCAGCUUCCUGAUAAUCCAGAGAGGUUUGAUUACCUCUCUGUCCUGGGCUCUGAGGGCUUUAACUCAGGGACUCACAGCUGGGAUGUCGAGGUUGGAGACAGUACAGACUGGCUACUGGGUGUGUUAGCAGAGUCUGUCCAGAGGAAGGGAGUCAUACGGUCUGGAUUAUGGAGAAUACGGUUCGAUGAAGGUGAAUACUCAGCGUGGUCUCCAUCAGCUCCAGACACUGUUCUCCCGUUGAAGAAGCAGCUCCAGAGGAUCAGAGUGACUCUGGACUGGAACAGAGGAAAUCUGUCGUUCUCUGAUCUUGAUACUAACACACACAUACACACCUUCACACACACUUUCACUGAGAAGAUGUUUCCAUUCUUUAACAUUCUGGGUGAACUGAAGGUUUCCCCAGUGAAGGUCUGUGUGACUGUAGAACAGGAAUAGAAGAAGUCCAUGUUUCAGAUGUUGGUGGUGGG